AUCAGCUUAGCGACAUGUAAACAACUGCUGUUCUACUUUAAAGUGUUUUAUGGUUUUAUGGAUUUUUAAGUACAUUUUCUGAUGUGGAAUCAUCAUAUCAGGUACGAUGGUACUAGGGCUUUUUGAUUCUGCUAUUCCCUUCAAGGGGCAAGUGUACAGUAAACUGAAGUCCCAGUGUGUGAGUUCCGGAACGCUGUUCCAAGAUCCGGAAUUUCCCCCAGAUUCUUCAUCUUUGUUUUACACCAAAUCUGCGCCUUCUGACAUUGUAUGGAAAAGACCCGGAGAGUUGUCUGGAGAUCCUAAAUUCUUUGUUGAUGGCGGCAGCACUGACGACUUUCACCAAGGUUCACUUGGAAACUGUUGGUUUGUAGCGGCAGCUGCGUGCAUAGCCGAGAAACCAAAACUUCUGAAAAAGAUUGUACCGGAAAUUGAUAAACAAGAGUGGCUUCCGGAAAAUAAAAACAAAUAUGCCGGAAUAUUUCACUUCCGGUUCUGGAUUUUAGGAGAGUGGACAGAUGUGGUUGUGGAUGAUUACCUACCAACUCGACAUGGUAAUCUUAUCUACAUCCACUCCAAUACCCGGAACGAAUUCUGGUCCGCUCUGCUGGAGAAAGCCUACGCAAAGAUUCAUGGCAGUUACGAAGUGUUGAUAGGAGGUCAUGCUAAGGACGCUCUGGUCGACAUGACGGGGGGAAUAGGGGAGGAUAUUACCGUGUGUAACUACACAAAGUCGGAGGAAAAGAAACAAGAAUUAUUCAAAAUACUCAGCUCCGCCAUUAUAAACCGUUCUCUGAUCAGUGCUUCAAUCUCUGCAAGGGGCGGUGAAAUGGAGGAUAAGACCAGCACGGGCCUGGUGAAAGGUCACGCCUAUAGUGUCACAGAUGUAAGGAAAAUAAAACUAGGUCAAGGUCUCCUGUCUUUUUUUAAGCGGGAGUCUAUAGAAAUGGUACGGUGCCGCAAUCCCUGGGGUGGCACAGAGUGGACCGGGGCAUGGAGCGAUGGGUCGGAAGAGUGGGCUAAAGUCAGCGAUAGCGAGAAAAAAGAACUAGGAAUCACCAUAGAAGAUAAUGGAGAAUUUUGGAUGUCGUUCGAGGAUUUCUGUAAGAACUUCACAAGUCUUGACCUUUGCCAUCUAAUCAAUACCUCAUUCUUCUCUCUGUCUAAGACGUGGCACGAGGGUGUAGGGAAAGGCGAGUGGACGGAUGGUAGAUGUGGCGGGUCUUUUGGCAACGAAAACUACCUACAAAAUCCUCAGUAUGUGUUUGACGUAAACGAUAAAGAAGACGAGGUUUUAGUCUCUUUACAACAAGCAGACACACGGGCAUUUAAGGGCGAGAAAGGAAAGGACAUGUACGGAAUCGGUUUCUUUAUUACCAAGACCGAUUUAAAUCGAGAGUAUAGAAUGCACGAUAAGAUGGAGACGGCUCAUUGCUCAGGAUAUGGAGUCUGCAGAGAUAUUAUGGAACGCGCCACGCUCAAGCGGGGUCGAUAUGUGAUAUUCCCAACCACCCAUCAGCCAGACCAGAAAACGAAAUUUAUUUUACGCAUGUACUUCAGUUCUUCCCCUGACUUCAAGGAGUUGUGCUAUGACGAGCCACAGCCCCCUAAGUGUUGUUCAUUCCUGUGUAAAACCCCGACUGCUGCGACACAAAUCACGAUAAACAGCGCCGACAACCUAGAAAGUACUACACCUCUCCUAGAUCCGGAUCCCUAUUGUGAAGUUGUCUGUGAGGGGACGAAAGUAAAAACCAGUGUAUGUAAGGGUACCAAAAACCCGAACUGGGGGGAAAGAAUUACCUUUUACCAAAAGAAAGACGGGGACAUUAAAAUAGAGAUUUGGAAUGACAAUUUAAUAAAGGACGAUUUUCUUGGACAAUGUGUGAUUCCUUUGAACGAGAAAUCUAAAUACACGGGAAAAACUUUACAAUUUCCUUUGUAUGGGAAAGGAAAGGAAGAAAGCACGAAACAAAAAGGAACGCUUACAGUGACUAUAUUACAUGCAAAGGAAAUGGAUAAUGUUUAACCACUCCAUUCAAAAAAGCCCCCCCCCCCCCUUUUCACAAGGGAAAGUAACUCAGGUGUGUGCGGAGUCAAAAUAAUACACGUUCUAC